UCGAAAACUGCAGAACUUAUGUUAAACACAUAUUAAUAUGACAUUUUCUUAAAUCUGGCAACUCCUCUGGUAGCGAAUGAAGCCAAUGAGCGCGGUGAUUUUCUUUGAUUGUGGACAGUAACUAAAAUAAUUCUUAUUGCAUUUGCAAACAAAAAACAACUAGAAAUAUUAAAAAACACGUAGAAAUAAAGCGAAGAUUUUCCUUGAAACUACUUCGUUGUGGCUGCGUACUAAGUGAAGGGUGCAGGCAGAAGUUGCCAACUUAGGAGCAGCAUUGUGCUGCCCUUCCUUCAAACGCUCCGCAUGACUGCUGCCCAACAUUGAGCAUUGGCCCAGUUCCUAACCGUUUCCUACUUUUUGUACAUGCUAAAUACAACCGCCGGCAAGAUCACCAUCAAAACUUCACAAAACUUCGCAAACUCCUCCUCCCCCGUGAGCAGUAGUAGCAGCAGCAGCAGCAGCAGAAACCGCAGUUAUAGCUUCAGCUCUGACAGCGCCGCAGCUGCGUCAGUAUCAGAUAACGUCAAUUCCGGCUCCGGUAGCCACAGUAUGACUGAUUAUAGCGACUUGGAUCGUCAGAUCGAGCAGCUGAAACGCUGUGAAAUCAUUAGAGAAAACGAAGUAAAGGCGCUCUGUGCCAAAGCGCGCGAAAUACUUGUCGAAGAAGGCAAUGUGCAACGUGUUGAUUCGCCCGUUACAGUGUGCGGCGAUAUUCACGGUCAGUUCUAUGAUCUAAAGGAAUUGUUUAAAGUAGGAGGGGAUGUGCCCGAAAAGAACUACUUGUUCAUGGGCGAUUUCGUGGAUCGUGGCUAUUACAGUGUGGAAACAUUUCUGCUGCUGUUGGCGCUGAAAGUGCGUUAUCCAGAUCGCAUCACAUUGAUACGCGGCAACCACGAAUCACGUCAAAUUACACAAGUAUAUGGAUUCUAUGACGAAUGCCUACGUAAAUAUGGAUCUACAGCCGUUUGGCGCUAUUGCACCGAAAUCUUUGACUAUCUCAGCUUGUCGGCUAUCAUUGACGGGAAGAUAUUUUGUGUGCAUGGUGGCCUCUCGCCGUCUAUACAGUAUUUAGACCAGAUAAGAACGAUCGAUCGCAAGCAAGAGGUGCCACAUGACGGACCCAUGUGCGAUCUAUUAUGGAGUGACCCUGAAGAUCAGACGGGUUGGGGUGUAUCACCACGCGGAGCAGGCUAUUUAUUCGGCUCGGAUGUGGUUUCACAAUUCAAUCGUACCAACGACAUUGACAUGAUCUGCCGCGCUCAUCAACUGGUCAUGGAGGGAUUCAAAUGGCAUUUCAAUGAGACUGUGCUGACAGUGUGGUCUGCGCCGAACUACUGUUAUAGAUGCGGAAAUGUGGCUGCAAUUUUGGAAUUAAACGAGUACCUGCAUCGAGAUUUUGUAAUAUUCGAAGCUGCACCGCAAGAAAGCAGAGGUAUACCAUCCAAAAAGCCGCAAGCCGAUUACUUCCUCUAAGCAGAAAAAGCAAUCGGAUCAAUCAACAGGACAGCAACUGAAAUCGACAUUUUGCGGACUAACUAAUGCAGAGAGAAACGUGAAAGCGAUAUUUCGCUGCAGGGAAUAUCGAAUUUUAGGGGCUGUUUAGAUAACGAGUAGCAACUUUUUGUUCGACUUUCACUUCUCUUAGUCUAUUUUACUGUAAGUUAUUUGUGCGUACGUUUUAUGUUAGAAAGAAAAUCGUUGGUACAUUCUAUCGUAAAUCUGCUAAUUCUUCAUUUAUCACAAAGGACUGACCCCUUAGCAUCAUUGUUUUAUAAACAUAAUUCAAUAAUCCAACUAACUGCCCAAGUAAUGCCGAAGCGUGCAGGUUUUCAAACAUUUCGAUUGGUAUGCAACGCUUACUCCUUUAAUUCGCAACGGCGCGUAGGUCCUCAUUUUUGUCUAUGCAGCAUACAACCAAUUUAAAGAAAUUCUACACAAUUUUACGGUUUAAAGAGAUUUAUUGCUGCAAUUUAAGGUCUGGCAGCAAGAACAGCAAUCUGCAUUAACAAAAUAUCAUUUUUUGAUAGUAAUAAAUAAUUAAAUAGAAAAGUAAACUCGUAAAUGUAUUGUAAAUUAAAACACAAUUCAAGUCAACUAAUUAGUGCAUGGAAGGAACGCAAAAUUUUGAGAUAUAUAAAACUGCCAUUUUGUGUAAUUCGUCUUAUUUUCUCAAAACCAUGAAACUAAACCAUGAAAAAACAUUUCCAACAACUCCCUGAAACUACCAAAAUAUAGAGAAAAACAACAAAACAUGUAAGAAAAUAUUAGAUAAAACCACUUUGUUGGACAUUGAAGUGCAUAUUUCCAUAGAAAAGAUGUGGCCAACAAAAA